CCCAAACGAUCAAUCUCUUCCACAACGAUCAUGUCUUCUUCUUCUUCUUCUUCUUCUUCUUCUUCUUCUUCUUCUUCUUCUUCUUCUUCUUCUUCUUCCAUUCUCCAUCUUAAUGGAAUCCAUCGUGCAGUGACGUCUCAAUGGAAAGUCAUUCGGCUAUGAAAUCCCCUUCCGCAUUGCAUCCUUUCUCUCACCUCGUGCCAUUCGGAUCUAAAAAGAAUACAACAGGGAGGUCGGAAGUUAUUGAAGCUAAGGUUUGGAAGGGUUCAGCCACACUCUCGAUGGCAUAUGUCGGGGCCAUCUUUGCAAAUGCUUGCUUCAAAGAAUUGAAUGGAGUUCCUGAUGUUAUUGAAUGUUCCUUUGCACAGUCAACCAUAACUGAGCUUCCUUUCAUUGCAUUCAAGGCUGUUUGUGGAAUGAUGCUUUCAGAAAGUCAUAUGUUGCAGAUUAGAAGAGAUUAUGGUGGGACGCUGAACAAGCUAAAGAAGACUCUUGCUCAUGGAGAUAUUUUGGUUUUCGUCUCGGAUCGACAUGAUGGAAUUAUUCAUGUAGCAAGAACAGGAUCUCCACACGCUGAACAUGGCUACGUUGCCCAACACAUUUUAGGCAAUAUUAGAGCAAAAUUUAGAGGAUCUACUACUCGUUUUCCAUGAAAGUUCACUAGGUAGUCAGGUCUACCACAAGAUCCUCCUAUUCGUGGUUAUUUGUUGAAGUUCAACUGGAGAAUUUGGUUACCGACAACGUUGUUUAAUUACGUUGUAAGAAAUGUCGACACAAUAAGAAGUCUUGCAGGAAUCCUAUCCUGAUCCGUAGUUCUUAGUUUGAUAACAUUUUAUGGAUUUAGUUUUUUAUUUCCUAGAAUAACAUUUGUAACUGCCAUGAUUUGGUGGCAUUGAAAUUUAUGUUAAUUGACAAUUUGACAUGACUUUUAGUGUUUCAGUUGAUACACUUUUGGUUGUCAUAUAUAUUUAAGUAGCAGACAUAUUUAAAAUUAAU